AUGACCGUUUCACCGCCAGCAUCGCCGACGGGGCCUCCCCCGCGACCCAUCAGCGCGGUGAUGCGCACGCCGCGCAGCAACAGUCGCAUGAGCAUGAGUAGUCGCCAUGGAGGAAGUCGCGCCUCGGACGAGGAUGGCAAGACAGCCGUCAAAGUUGCUGUUCGAGUGCGACCGCCUCUCAAGCCCGAAGAUCCCGGAUACGAAUUGAUCCCCCAACGAUUCCAACGUUCCAUGGUUCACGUUACAGCCCCGACGAGUGUGGCGGUAGAUGUCCCGCAGGGACGCAAAUUGUUUGUGUUCGAUCGCGUUUUUCCCGAAACGGUCGAACAGGACGGGAUUUGGGAAUACCUGAGCGACAGCGUCAACUCCUUUAUUCAGGGCUACAACGUCUCAAUCCUCGCUUACGGUCAAUCCGGCGCUGGCAAGUCAUAUACGAUGGGUACUUCGGGCCCGAACGAGCAGAACAACUCUGGUGCAAUGGGUAAGUGCGCUUCGGGAACCUCAAUUCUGCGCCGCGCAGAACGCUUGGCUGAUCGCGGUCUCCCCCUUCUAGGUAUUAUUCCACGUGCGGCCCAGGCUUUGUUCGACAAGCUGGAUGGCCCGAAGCACCACCGCAACGGCUCGACCUCAACCGGCCUUCGUACCCCACAACGUUACUCCAUGAGCUCUGCCUCCAGUUUCGGGAAAUUGAAUCUUGAGAAGAACUGGCAAUUAAAAGCAACCUACGUUGAGAUCUAUAAUGAACAGCUCAGAGAUUUGCUUCUCCCGGACUCUGCCUCCUCGACCGAUCGUGGCAGCGUCACCAUCCGCGAAGAUGCCAAGGGACGCAUCCUUCUGACGGGUUUGCACCAGGUCAGUAUCAAUUCGUUCGAAGAUCUGAUCGGAGCCCUCAACUUUGGUUCGACAAUUCGUCAAACCGACUCCACGGCCAUCAACGCCAAGUCGUCCCGAUCCCACGCAGUCUUCAGUUUGAACCUCAUCCAGCGCAAAUCUUCGGCAAACCCGACUUCCCCGAAGGAAAAACGCAUGUCGAUGCCGGUAGAUUCAUUCUCGAGCGGUGAAACUGUUACUGUUGAUAGUAAACUCCACUUUGUGGAUCUGGCAGGCAGUGAGCGUCUCAAGAACACAGGCGCCUCUGGAGAGCGUGCUCGGGAGGGUAUCUCGAUCAACGCUGGCCUCGCAGCUCUCGGCAAAGUCAUUUCUCAACUUUCUUCUCGCCAAUCUGGGUCUCAUGUAUCCUACCGUGAUUCGAAGCUCACCCGCCUCCUGCAAGACUCCCUGGGUGGUAACGCCAUUACAUAUAUGAUUGCUUGUGUCACUCCCGCCGAAUUCCAUCUGAGCGAGACUCUCAACACAGUCCAGUACGCACAACGGGCCCGAGCGAUCCAAAGCAAGCCUCGUAUUCAGCAAAUUGCCGACGAUGGCGACAAGCAAGCUCUGAUUGAUCGUUUGAAAGCCGAGGUCGCCUUUCUCCGACAACAGAUCCGUAACGCCGAAGGCUCCGAUCGCCGUGAGGCAGUUUCUGCCGAACGGAGUGAGCGCAAGAAUGAACGUGAGAUUCAGCUGCAGAACCAGCUGCUCGACGUUCAAGAGAGCUACAAUGCCCUUAGUCAACGCCACACCAAGCUGAUUUCUCAUCUGGCUAACGACUCGGGCGCCACCAAUGGCGAGACCAAUGAAGCCCUAACCGAGGUCGGAGAGAGCUCCAUCGAGCGCAUUCAACGAUCCAAGUCAUUUGCGGAGUCUGUGGAGCAAGUCGUUCUAGAAUACGAAAAGACCAUCCAGAGCCUCGAGUCCUCCUUGUCCGACACUCGAGCUUCCCUGUCCUCUACUGAAAGCACCCUCUUGGAGCGCGAGACCAAAUGUACUUAUGUCGAGACAGUCAAUGCACAGCUCCAAUCCCGAGUUCAGAAGCUCCUUGAUCGGGAGGCCAGCACCGAGACCUACCUCCAUGAAUUAGAGGGCAAGCUCGACGGCGCUUCUACGGGAGAGGAAAAGCACGAAACCAUCGUUGCCGAGCUGCGCAAGGAACUCAGCCGCGCUCGCGACAAUGAAGUCAGCUGCGAGGAAUACAUUUCCACCCUGGAAGACCGCCUCGCGGAGUCUGACCAGGACAUGGAGCUGAUGCAGCGUGAGGUGAUCCGGUUAGAACAUGUCAUCCAGCGCCAGCGAGGCCUUGGAACUCUUGACAACCUGCUUCAUGACCUUGACAACCGUCAUCAGCAGAACGGCGAUCAGCACGCUGGUGUCAAUGGGUUGGAUGGUUCUACCGCUUCCGCCCCGGCCAAGACUCCUGUUUUCCACCGUCACACCCCCUCUUUGGACGUCCUCAACGAAGCAGCGGAAACUGCGAUUCCAGAGUCCGAUGAGGACCUGGCUGAGCCCAUCCCCGAGGCUGAUGAGGAGAUUGUUGAGGAGACUGAGAAGAUUCGUGAGCAGCCUGGUGAUGACCUCAAGGUUUUGGAACACGUUACCAACAACCUCCAAGUUCGCCGGAUCGAUGCCAUCUACGAUGAGCCCCUUACCAGCCCUGCCCAGUCCCAGUUUGUAGCUGACAAACUUGAGACCGUUACUCAGGAGCUCUUUGACCUGCGUCUCAGCCACGAAAACACCAUGAACGACUACGAAAUGCUCGAGGCGAAGUAUGAAGAGGCACUGAAGGCUCUCGCCGAACUGCGCCAGGACAAGCUUGACGAAGCGCUUCACCCGCCUCCCGCUGUGCAGAACGGCGUUUCCCGCCCGGUUUCUUUUUUAGAGGAUGGACCCGCUCCGAGCUCGAAGUCUGGAGCACAACACUCAUUCUCACAAUCGCUCUCCUCGGAAUUGUCCUCGGCCGGGGAAUCGCCUGCUUUGCGCGGGCUUUCUGAAUACUCUAGACAAGAUGGUACAGAGACACCCGCAACUCCGGUUGCCUCCUCUGUUGUCGCCCCCGCCGACAAUGAGGAAAUGGAGAAGAUGCGUAAGAUGCUCGCUGAGCACCAAGAGGGUGCUGAUCAGAUGACCCAGAAAUACGCCGAGCUUCAGACCGAACACGAGGAGAUUCUUAGCCUCGUUGAAAAAUUGAAGGCUGAGGCCGAGGCCCAGCGUACCAAGUCUAGCCCGCCUUCUACUCCUGGCUUCAAGAUGAUUCGCCGGAUGACCAGCCAGAACCUUCUUUCUGGAGUCGACCGUGCCCACCGCUCGUUGACUGCGCUGCGGACUAUUGCGAGCGAGGAGCUUGCAAGCAAACCAGACACUCUUCAGAGCUUUGAGACUCACUUGGACGCUACGAUGCACGAACUGUCGACCCGUAUGGAACGCCUUCAGUCUCUGGAGGCUGAGAACCACAAUGUGAAGAAGGAAAUGGAGAUGAAGGCCACUAUUAUCUCUGGUCUCACUCGCGAAAGAUCCAGUCUGCAGGGUGCCUCGUCUGUCGAUAUGGCUCUGGUUUCCCAGCUUCGCGAUCAGGUCGUCCACCAGGAGAACCAGAUCAACGAACUCCGUGAGGCUCACGAGGCCCGCGAGAAGCAGCUGCUUGCCGAAAUCGAGAACCUCACUGCCCUUCUGAAGAGCCAAGAGGUUGCAACUAAAGCCCUGGAUGCCGGCGCUGAAGAGCAGGAUAAGAAGAUCGAUGCCCUUGAAGGCGAGUUGACGGCCUGGAAGGGCAAGCAUCAGACUGCUUUCGAAUCUCUGCAGUCAUCGGAGAAGCAGCUUGCCACCACCCUGGCGGAACUCGAGAUUGCAUUAGCUUCAGUUGAGACCAUGCGCUCCGAGCGAGUCAACAUCAGUGACGGCUCUGCUGAUAAGGAGGCUGCGGCGCAGGCCCUUGAGACCGAGCGGGCUGAGCAGCAAGUGCUUGUGGAUGGCCUUAAGAAAGAUAUUGAAGAGCAGAAGGCAACCAUUUCGACACACUUGGACACUAUCGCUUCUCUUGAGAAAUCGCACACUACUGCCCAAGAACAGUUGGCUGCUCACCUUGCCUCGAAGGAAGUUGAUACUGGUGAUGCCGAUGCUCACAGUGCUCGUAUCGCGGAGCUCGAGCGGGAAAUUGCAAGCCAAAAGUCCUCCAUUAAUUCCCACAAGACCGGUCUCGAGUCCCUCCAGGAGUCUCACAAGCGUGAACUGGCGGAGCUCGAAGACCGCACUAAGGCUGCCGUUCAAGCCGAGCACGAUGCACGUCUCACUGAGAAGGAUGCUGAGCAUGACAAGUCGAUGGCAUCCUUGCAGAAGGACAUCGCUGAUUCUCGUGAUGAAUUGGUCAAUCUUCUCAAGUCUGUUUCGUCUCUGCUUGCUUCCGAUGUCACUGCAGCUACGUUGACGGAUCAGAUCCAGGACGUUCUUGCCCAGAAGCAGCACUUCUCUGAGAAGUAUGCUGAGCUCAUGGAUACCAAUGAGGUUCUCCGCAAGCAAAUUGAUGCUAGCGGAGAUAUUGAAGAGUUGACGAAGAAGAACGCCUCCCAGGAGGCCAAGGUUAACGAGCUGGCUCUCUUGGUCGCUACCUUGGAGGAUACUCUUCGCCAGAAGGACGAGCAAGUUAAGAAGAAGGAGGCAUUGGUGGAGGAGAUUACCGUUGAGAAGCAAAAGAGCGUCCGCUUGGUGGAGGAGCUUGAGGAGCAGAUCACCAACAGCUUCGAUCAGCACCACAACCGUCUAUCUGUCAUCCAACAGGAGCGUGACCAAGCGCUCGAGGAUGCCAAGGCGAAGAUUGUUAUUCUUGAGAAGGACAUUGAGACCUACCGUGUUCGAAUCGAGCAGCUCGAGCUCCAGCUCAAGAACGGCACUUCGGACGGUUCUCACGACCGCAGCAGCUCGCUUACCUCUAACCUGCGCAAAAGCUCGUCUGCGGCGUCUUUGCCAUCUCCUCCGCCAGCGAUUCCCCUUCCUCCCCUGCCAACUAUUGCAUCCGGCUCUAGCAGCGUCUCUCCGCCCAACUCUCGCCAUGCUAGCAAGGAGCUGGUGAAUGCCCAGGUCAACGCUCAGAUGGUUGAAGACCAGGAAGCCCGAAUCCGUACCAUCGAGAAGCACCUGUAUGCUGAGAAGCAGCUGACUGCCACCCUCGAGGAGGCUCUCGGCGAUCUCGAGGCUCAGAGCAACAAGGUCAAGACCGACUGCGAGGCUUGGAAAAAGAAGGCCUGGGGACUGGAGGACGAGCUGUCGACUCUCCGCAAGGAGCGCAACUCUGCCCGUCUUUCUCUUCAGGCUGUAGAGGAGGAGCGCAGUGCUCGCAAGGAGGCCGAGGCUGCUCGGGCCCAACUGGAGGAGCGCAUGAACGCCCUUAACAAGAAAAAGAAGAAGAGCACGCUCAACUGCUUCUAA